AUGGAUGAACCUAAUAAUUACGAACCAUCGAUUCACUGUCUGCAGAAUGGUAACUGGCUAUUACUAGACCAAGUAAAUCUUUGCAGUCCAGCAAUAUUGGAUAGAUUGAAUGGAUUACUGGAACCGAACGGUGCUUUAACGAUAGGUGAGAAAGGUGUCGACGAACAAGGAAAUGUGUUCACUGUCAAAGCGCAUAAGAACUUCCGGUUAUUUCUUACCAUGAACCCACGUUACGGAGAAAUUUCCAGAGCUAUGCGGAACAGGGGUGUAGAAAUCAGUAUCCUCACACCAAAGAGCGGGCUUUGCUGCAACAUACUAGACACAAGGUCGUUACUGAAUAAGUGCGGUAUAAAGAAACUGGACCAUCAGAAUUUGUUGCUGAAAAUUUACGAGAGCUUGUACAACGACCAGCCUAGACUGAAUGAAAUACUGCAAGUCGCUUCGUUCACCAGUCAACAAGUGGCAAAAGGGUUUACCUUUGAGAGAUCAUUGCGGAAUUCCUGUCAAGAAAUAUGCGGAAUGCUCGAACCGAGAUCGAGGAAAGAGGCGUUGAGGAAAGUGGAUGAAAUUUUGUCAGAAAACCCCGAGAAAACAGGAAUAUUUUGUUAUGAUCUAAACACGAUAACUCUAAGAAGUAGCGAUCUACGAAAAAAUUCAAGGUUAGCGAUGAUAGAGCAACAGGGAUUCCUUUUAAAAUCUUCCGUAGAAAUGUUAAGGAACAACUCGGAAAAAAUUGAUCUGCAAGAUCUUUUCGUAGAUUCUCCCAUAACAGAAACCAUGGUGUUUUUGAAACUUCUUUUGCUUGAUUUUUAUGAACGAUCUUCUAUGGACGAUCUCGAGAUUCGACGUGCAUGGAGCUCACAUAUUUUGUCAAACAGUGGAUUUGAUAACUUGGAGAAAAUCAGCGAAUCUCUCAACAGAGAAAUUAAGAACUUAGAGUUUCUGUUUAAGAACAAUUUUGCUUCGGAAAUCCCCCUUAGCUUCGUGGAACCUUCCACAGUGUACAAUAAUUUAGCGAUUGCUUUAUAUCUUCGAUCGAUAAUCUUUGACUGUCAGUCGCAGAAAGAUUACCAAAAAAACGAAGAUGUUAUGCAUUUGAAAGAAUACUCAACUGCCGUGUGUUCAGGAAGGCUUUCCAGCAACUUGAAAAAUGAACCACUGAUAGUCAAAUUUGCAGAAUUAAUCGAGCAGUCUGCGAAAAUCAUUGAUGCUGUACUCCACGAGGAACAUUUGUUAAUGAACGACAAAGAAUACAUUGAGUUACGAGAUUCUUUAAAGUGGUUUCGAAGAUUCCAUGAAUUAGGAUCGAUAGAGUUGAUUGACAAGUCACGAGGGACAUUUUUUGACCUACGAGAAAUUUCCUCAUCUUUAAAGGUUCACUACAAAUGGUUAACGAAGCUUUUCAAAACUUUGUUUACGCUUUUAGAUAGGAACUCCUGCAGUCCGGAAAUGCAGUCAGAAUUAGCACGUUUCUCAGAGAAAUUUUUAAACAUGCUAACCAAUGCGAAUAAAUUCAGAAAGAUUCGUAAAAAGAUUAAGAAACUCUUAUCAAUCCCAUCGCCCCAUUUUUCUGAGGAUUCGAUGAUUUACCACGAAAAACUAAGCACAAUCUUGAAAAAAUGCGAAAUCACCGACGAGGACUUGGUUGAUCAUUCUAAAACGAGAUUAAAAAUCGCCUCGCUCGGCCUUAAAGACAAUUUAACAAUUAGAGAGAAGUUGAUUAACAUUUGUGCCAAGGACUUUAAGGAUAAUGGUGCGAGUGGAGACUGGACUGACAAAUUAAUGGAAUUGGAGGAACUCUCCACGAAAAUUGUAGUGCUUAAAGAAAUGAAUGAUAACCGUGACGGAUUUAACGACAAUUUAACUGACAUAGAAAUCUGGCCUAUCUACGAAUUCUUUUUCUUGCUUUUUACAUAUCGUUUUCAAAGGAAAUAUUGCGAACAAUUGUCUAACGAUUUCGGCCAAGAAAUACGUGAGAAGUUUCACGAACAUUUCUCUAGUGAAGUAUGUCAAGACUUGCCUGAAGGUUCUUUGAUGGUUCUUAACGAAUCGAGUAAUAAUGUAUCCGGAACUAUUAAUAAGAAAUUUGAUAAGAUUUAUGAAGAAAGUAUCUUUAAAAAAUUUGAAGAUAUUCCAACCAUACCGACACACCUAAUUGGCCUAAUGAAAACAUUAAAUUCUGAUGACACUUCACCCAAACGAAGAAUUCUAUUAUUUCCCGAAUUACUUUCAUCAGCUGAAGAAUUCUCGGAACAAUCUUUCACUGUGAAAAAUUCGGAUAUCCUUUUACAUUGGCAUAAUCACGAAGAGGUUCAAAUGGAAGACUGUUCCAGUAAUACUGAGACAAAUUUCAUCGAUAAGUCGAGUCUUUGUAAAUUGAUUUUCAAAAUGUUCUUAACAAAAUCUGGAAGCGAGGGGCAAACAAUCAACCUUGGGAAUUAUCAAACUAAAAAGAAAUUAUUUAAAACAGUGCAAAGUUUACUUUGGAGAAAUUCUUCAAUUUUAAAUUCAAAGGAAUUCAAUCUAUCAAGGAACGAUGCGAUUCUCCUGGAAUUUUGUAUAAAUUAUUAUAUGUCUGCUGUCACAAGAGUGAUAGACACUUUUUCAAUGAAAUUAAACAAAGAAGAGCAAGACGAUUUGAAGAAACGUCUCUUCGAACCAAUGAAAUCGUUGCGGGAAGUCGAAGAAAAGUUGAAAAUUGAAGACACCGCGAUGGAAAGAGGAAAAGGCUGGUUGAUUCUCGGUUACCUACAAAUCUUCCUGUACCAUGAUGUAGGAUCCAUCGAUCCCGUUCAAAAGAUCGCUUUGAAGUCAAAAUACAUACGCGAGAACGUUUCAGAACUGAAAUGUUUAAUGUGCGUUGAAAGCUUGCAAGCCAACAUUCUCGACGCUUCUGCGUCCCGUGAUCGAAUUCUGUCAAGAGAAGACCACCUGAAGAGAUCUUUAAUCGAAGCAAAAAAUUUUGAAAAUUUCCAAGCAGUGAGACCGUCGUCGAGCUUUCAGAACUUGAGAGAAGAAAUAGAAAACUUCUCCAACAACAUAGGCUCAUUUGAGUCAAUCUUUCGACAGAUUCAUCAUUUAAACAACGUCCUUGAGCAGAUUCAAAGGAAAGGAACCCUGAAUUCUGAUCGAGAAACGCUUCAAGAGGCAACGAUCUGGAAGAACUCAUUGCGGAGAUUUUCAGGGAAAUUGGCAAAGUACUACCUGACUGGCUUUCCUGAUCUGGUCACCCCGAUGAUCUCUGCAAUCUGGAAUCUGCAUCACGGAUUGUCGAUUUUAAUGCAACUAAUCUCAAACGCGCAGCAUCAGAGCUUGAGUACCAAUGUUUAUUACGAUUUGCUACGCUUUCCAGUGAUUGGUUCGUGCCAAGAGAACUAUUUGAACCUAGCAAAACUGUGCGCCUCUGAAAACUUGAUCUUAAGCUUAGUGAAACAGUUUGGAUCGAUGUCUGUUCAAAAGUAUAGAUUGGAAAUGGCUAAAAUCGCGCUACAGGAACUGGAAAACUUCACGAGUUUCGCUGGCACGAGUUUGCAGUCGCUCUGGAACGAGCUGAACAAAAUCUUCCUGAAAAUUCGAAUUCUUUGGAGGGAGCAGGAAAAGCAGAGGGAAAAAGAAACGCAGGAAAAACAGAGUCUCUUUCGAACUAAGUCGGAAAAAGAAGAAGACGAGUCCGAUUACAAAGAAACGUUUCCAGGCUUUCAGCAAGACUUCCUGGAACUCGGUGAAAUAUUUCCAAGUUUUCAGCAGGAGUUUCCAGAAUUUCAAAAAAUAUCAACGAAUGUUUCGAACACAGGGGAACGCUUCGUGGAAUUAGUAUCUUUGAAAGAUGCCAGGAAAAUUCAAGAAAUUCAUUGGAAUAUUUUGAAAAAUUCAGAACGCGGUCAAUGGAACCCAAGCGCCUUAGAAAGUUUAAAAAAUAGAUCCGGGAAGUUUGGAAAUAGUUUGGAAAAUUCUGACGUCUACCAUGAGGCUAACUUCGUCGAACCGUUAGCUCGACGAUUCGAAAUUCUUGGAUUCUUCACAGAAACGUUACCAGAGAACCUGUCGUCAAGAUUAAUAUGCAGUUUAACCGUACUGAUUGCACAGAAAUCCAAUUUUGAGAAUAAAGCAGGUAAACGAAACGUUUAUGACUUCUAUAGAGAUCCAAACAUUGUUGAAGUGGAGGAAUGUCAGCCACUUAUCGAAAGACUUUCUGAAAAAAUUGACGGUUUCCUAAUGGAAUGGUCAGAAAACCCAAUUUUAAAUUCUAUCAAACUGAUUAUCCAGAGGCUACUCAGUUUUCCAAUUGAUUCGUCAUUGUUGAGAUUUUUGGUGGGCAUCGAGUUACUGUUAACGAAGAUUCAACAAUGGGAAGAGAAUGCUCGUUACGAUGUUAGUCUUGCGGAGUUCAUUGAAUUCUUUGGCAAAAAGAUUUUGCAUUGGAGGAAGCUCGAAAUCUCAAGAUGGAAGGAUUCGUUGGAGAUUCUUGAAGAUGACUUGAAAACCGAGGCUUCACGCUGGUGGUUCUUUUUGUUUGAUUUAGUAGAUCAAUAUCUUGUUCAAGAAACGGAAGGCGUUGAACUAUCGAGAGAAGACAUAACAAAUAUUGAACAAACAGGAUAUGUCGAUAGACAGGGAAAUCCAAAUAAAAGCGACAGUAUCUCAAAGGAAAAAAUCACAGAGAACUUGGAACGCUUCUUAGCAGAAUCAUCUUUAAUUGAAUUCGAGCCAAGGCUUCAAUUGAUCUAUCUUUUUUAUCAACAUAUUAGCCAUUUAAAAGAAACUAAGAAACAAAAGCAAUUGUCUGCCAUAUUCUGGAACAUUUAUCACUACUACAGCCAAUUUUCAACCGACGUUGGAAAUAAAAUAAAAGCCGCGAAAGAGCCCAUUGCUAAAAAAUUGAAGGAUACGAUCAAGAUUACAAGGUGGAAUGAUAUUAGCUACUGGUCGGUAAAAAACACCGCUGAAAAGACGCGUAGAACUUUGCACAAGUUUGUGAAAGAAUUUCGAAAAGGAGUUCAAGAGAAUGUUGCUGCUUAUUUGACAUUGAAGACAAGACCAGAAACGUUGGAGACAAGCAUUAGAAAAGAUCUUGACUCUUCCACUUUUCUAAUAAACCUCCAGUCUGGGAAGUUAAACAAAAUUAAGAAAAUAGCUCAAAAAGCUGGUCAGUUCUGUCAAAAUAUUAUUGUGAAAUAUAAUUAUUCUCAAAUUCGGAAAGACAUUGAAAUUUUUAUAGAAGACACCCUCGAGGAGAGUGUAAGGCUAAAGAAAUUGGAAGUCGAUAAAUCGUUGACAAAAGGCAAACAGCAAGCGCAAUUAAAGAGCAUACUCCAGCAGAAGAAAAUGGCAUUAGCGAAUUACUUCAAAACAUUAACUCGUCUUGGACUUUCGUAUCGAUUUGGAAUCUUAACUUGGAAAAAUAGGAAAUAUGAAAUCACAAACUUCGCAUCGACGCCGCUGGAUUUGCAGGAAAUUCAGAGAUUUAGAUUCGGGAAAAGCUUGAACGAUAACAUCGACAAAGAAUUGAUCGAACAAUGGUCUGGUUGUGACAAGUAUUAUUACGAAUCCUUGAUUAAAUUGAAUUUCCUCGAUGGUAUCCUAAAUUCUGGUAAAAGCGACUUUGGAAUUCAAAACGCUGAACGUUGUCGUGGAUUUUCAGCUCAUCUUAUAUUGUUGGCUCAUCGACAGAAGGAGACGAUCGCUGAUUUCUUUAAACAUUUCUUUCCGCUUAAAAUUCAACUGUUAAAUCUCACUCUCAUGAUGGAUGAUGCAACGAAGUCAACGAAUACAUCAAAACCUCCAAACGAGAAUGACUUUUCUGAACUACCAGAAAACUUGGACGUUCUUAAACAAAGAGACUUACAAAUUCUCGUGCAGAACUUCCAGAAGUUGUUGAAAGUGUUGCAAAUAUCUACGAAACAGAUUGUUAUCUUCUUAGAAAGUUAUCCAACUGAGUUUCUUGAAGAAGAAAAGUUACUAGAUUUGAAUGAAAGUGUAAUACCUAUUUUGAAAGAAAAAAAUGUUGUAGAAAAUUUACUUACCUCGAUGAAAAACUCUUUGGACUCGAUUAAAAUUAUGGCGGACGAGUUGAACUCGUGGGUGGCAAUUUCUAAAAGAAUUGAAGAGUCUGGUCAAAUUUUCUUUUUCCACCGAAGACAUAUCGAUUUUUUUCGAGUAAGUUACCAGAAAAUCAAUGAAGUGAAACAAAGAUUGAUUGAUCUUGGCUCCGCUUUUACGGCGGAUCAUCCUGUCACUGAAAACCUUAAUUUCAUGAUAGAGAGGAUUAACGAAAGCAUCGAGUACUAUAAAGCAACCUUGAAUCCAGCGUGUGAAGAAUCAAACAGAUCUGAAAACUUGGAAGAAUACCGAGGAAAUUUGGACACCUUAAUCACACAAAUUCUUCUGGUAAUUCAAAAGAAGCUUCAAAGCAGUCAGAAGUCGGGUGAGGAAACAAUUAAUUCUGAAGAUAUUUUUGAAGAGAACCUCAUGACGGAAAAAUUGAUAGAUUCCUUAAAAAAAGCUAUCCCGGAUUUACGAUUGAACAAAAUAUCACGAAUCUUUGGAGAACUACUGCAAACUAUUUAUCGUUUAGAUACUAAGUCUGCAAAUGAUUGUAUGAGAUUACUUCUGGAGCAUCUACCUCUACUGAAGCAGUACACCUUAUUCUUGCACUACUAUUUACACGAACUAGUGGCUUCUUUUCGUUUAACGUGCAAGUUUCUGUACCUACAAUUAAAUGUCUUCCUCGACUUAGCAACGAAUGGUUUUUGUCAACCAGAAGAUAUGACUACAUCUGAAAAGGAUCAAGAAGGCGAUCCAUCCCAAGGAGGCAUGGGAUUAACGGAUGGCGAAGGUCAAAAAGACGUCUCUGAUAAAAUCGAAUCGGAAGAUCAAUUGGAAGAUGCGAAAUGUCCAAACGAGGAGGAAGAAGAUAACGAGAAAAAGGACACGAAAGAAGAAGAAAGUGGUAUCGAAAUGACAGAAAAUUUCGAUAGUCAUUUACAGGACCUCGAACAGAACGAGGAAGACAAAGAUAACGACGAUGACGACGAUCUGGACAAAGAAAUGGGCGAAACUGACGGAAAUGCUGAAAAACUCGACGAAGAAAUUUGGAAAGAUGAUGAAGAAAACGAAGACGAGGAAGACGAUAAAGAUAAAGAAGAUCAAAAAGAAGAGAAAGGAAAUGGGCAGGAAACAGGCGAGGAAGAACUGAGUGCUAAAGACGGUAACGAAGAUAAGAAUGAAGACAAGGAUCAAGAACCAGAACAGGGAGAUCGAAGAAAGGAUGAAGAUAAAAAGGAAAUCAAUGAAUUCGAAGAACCCGAAACGAAUGAGGAUCAGAUAGACCCUUAUCAUGGAAAAGAUCAACCAGAAAUCGAACCAGAACCGUUUGAUCUUCCAGAUGAUGUUGAUUUGGAUGAUGAAAUGAAAGACGGCAAUGAAAACGAAGACGAAGAAGAUCCUUUUGAUAUCGAUAAAUUGAAACAACCUAAAAUUCCAGAAGAAACGGAAGCUGAGGAAUCCAAGGAAGAAGAAACUCAAGAAGGGGAACAAGGGCAUUCGAGUGACGGUGAAGACGAUACAGAAGAAGAUGACAAUUCAGAAAGGGUUGGAGACAAAAAGAAAGAUGACGAAAAUAUAGAUUUUGAGGAAAACAAACAGGAUAAUUCAGAAAAACAAAGUAUGGAGGAGGAAAAGGAAACAGAAGAAGAGAAAGUGUCACCUAGCCUUGAUGCAAGUAGCAAGGAAAUUGAUGGUUCGAAAGAAACUGAAUCCAGAAAAGAUGGUUCUAGAGAUGCAGUAGAAAAUCAGUCGAAUGAAGAGAAUUCGGAAACUACACCAACAGACAUUAACGCGGAUGAUAAGAGAGAUAAAGGGACUGGUCAAUCGCAAACAGAAGAGCAUCAAGGCCAUUCAGGUUCUAGACAAGAAGAGAACGUUCCUACUUCUGGCGAAGAAAACUCUUCGAAAUCUAUGGAAAAACGAAGAAAACCGGGCCAAAGUGACGAAAAUCGUAGUCUCCUUGAUGAUGAAAUUCAACCGUCUGCAAAAAAAAUGAAAACAGCUUUAAUGGGUCAGGAACUAGACGAUCACAGCGAGGAAGAGAAUGACCCUAAACAUAGUAGUGCAACUGAAACUUAUGAGCACAUUAAGAAUACAGAAACGUUUGAUGACUUUGUAUUUGACGCUGCAACCGAAGAACAGGUUAAGAAACAAGCAUCGAAUUUAGAAGAAGAAAAUUGCCAAAUAGAUAAUAAACCAGAAGACGAUGACAUCGAGAUGCACGAGGAUGAUCCAAAAGCAGAGGAAGAAAAAGAGAACCCGGUGAAAGAACAUGCUUCAAAAGUUCCAAAAACUAAGAAAGAGAAGACAACAAACGUCAAUGGCGAAAGAUCGGACGAUAUAGAAGAGAUUGAACUAGGCGGGGAAGUUGAAGGCGAAACGGUGGAAACAACUCGUGUUUUACGUGGAAAUGAAUCGACUUUUCACAUAAGAUCACCAGAGACAGAGAGCUUCAAUACCUUUGUGGACGAUAUUGCGAAAAAGAGAUCCGAAAUUGAAAAUAUGCUUAGUAUGUGGUCUCAACGAUCGACGUCCGCUGAAGCAGCACAUGCCUGGAGUUCCAUAAGCGCGUUAACAGAAUCAGCUGCUAGAGAAUUAUCCGAAAAAUUGCGAUUAGUAUUAGAACCGACGUUAACGUCCCGUUUGAAAGGCGACUACAGAACUGGGAAACGUAUAAACAUGAAAAAAGUAAUCCCAUACAUUGCCAGCGAAUUUCGAAAAGAUAAGAUUUGGUUGAGACGCACCAAACCAUCAAAGAGAGACUACCAGAUUGUUUUAGCGAUUGAUGAUUCCAGUAGUAUGGCUGAUAGUCAUUCAAAGGAGUUAGCUUUUGAGUCUCUCUCACUGAUCGGCAAAGCUAUGACUUAUUUGGAGGUUGGCCAACUUGCCGUUAUUAAUUUUGGGGAACGAGUGAAUAUCCUUCAUCCUUUCGGUGAAAACUUUACCGAAGAAAGUGGUGCAAAGUUGAUUCAAGAGAUGAAAUUUGAACAGAAGAAAACAAUGAUUGGCCAGUUACUUGAUUUCACGAUAGACAUGUUCACAACUCAGGGCAGUUACUCUGAUAACGCAAAAUUGGUGGCUAUUUUAUCGGAUGGGAGAGGAAUAUUUUCCGAAGGGACAGAGAAAGUAAACGCAAUUGUGAGAAGAGCCAAAUUAUUGAACAUUUUCCUUGUCUUUAUAAUUGUUGAUAAUCCCCUCAAUAAGGAUUCAAUACUUGACAUAAGAAUGCCAGUUUUCGAAAAUGGAAAAUUAUUGGGUAUCCGUUCCUACUUGGACAACUUUCCAUUUCCAUUUUAUAUUAUUCUUCGAGAUUUGGAUAGCUUGCCUGUAGUACUGAGUGACGCAUUACGACAAUGGUUUGAAAUUGUUGGCAGAAUUGAAACAUGAAAACAUUUUCUACUGUGCUUAGCUUCUAUUCUUCCACUAUUUUUAUUUACUAUACGAUUUUACAAAUACAAAAGGCGCAUUUAAGUAAUCUUACUUUUGCUAUAAUACCUAAUUAGAUACAUUAGAGUAAUUUAUUUAUGUAUUCAGAAUCAAUUUAGAUGUGAUUUGUUCGUACGGAGUACUCUUAAUUUACUUAGAGCCGACCCUAAUUUGAAUAUACAAGGUAUCGACACAAUUUUACCAUUGUCAAAGAACCUCUUAGUGGUACUGACUCUAACUUAAUGAUAUGUACCCAUUAUGAUACAGAAUCAGGACAUAAAAAACGCCAAAGAUUCGCCUCUGUAAGAGUACUCUGCACACAUGAAUUAUCCCACAAUGUACAAAAUAUCAUCAGUUUCCUCUUGAUGGUAUGAAUGUUUUUUUAUAAAAUAAAAAGUCAUCUAGCUGUGUGUA